UUAGGUUUCCAAAUACUAUAUUGGAUAUAGAAUCUUUAAAGCAGAGCUAUGGCAGCAGCAUUUGUUGGAGGGGCUGCACUUGGGGCAGCAUUUGGUGAGGGCUUUGCAGUGUUACAUGACACGGUUAAGGAUGUGGUGAGCAAAGCCCGUAUGUUCAAACCCAUUCUUAAACGCCUAGAAUCCACGCUAGAUCGUUUGGCACCAACGGUCAACGAAAUAACACAAUUAAGCGAACAACUUGAUCUCCCAAAGGUGGAAACAGAGAACUUGGUCGAAAAUAUGGAAAAGGGAGAGAAGCUGGUUCGCAAGUGCUUGAAAAUCCGGUGGUGGAACUACUGUUUCAAAGUAUAUUACUCUCACAAACUUGAAGCGUUGGACAAAGAAAUCGUCAGGUUCUGUCAGGUUGAUUUGCAAGUACAUAGCACAAGGAAUGGGUUGAGACCUUUGGUAAAUGUGAAUAUUAAUCUGCAAAAAGUGGAUUCAGUUGUGGAUAGACAAAGGGUGCUGUGCGCGGUUCGUGAUCCCCCGGAUUUUACAGUCGGGUUGGAUAUGCCAAUGAAAGAGUUGAAGACCCUGCUGUUGAAGGAGGAGGUGCAGCUACUUCUACUGACUGCUCCUGGAGGAUGUGGAAAGACCACAUUGGUGCAAAUGCUUUGUCAGGAUGACCAAAUUAGAGGAAUGUUUGAGGACAAUAUUCUCUUUGUGAACGUUUCAAAAACUCCCAAUGUGAAGGUCAUUGUGCAGAACCUAUUAAAUUAUAAGGAUGUGCAACCUAAUUUUCAAAUUCAAACUGAUGAAGAUGCAAUCAACCAGCUGUCACAACUGCUGAAUCAUCUUAGACCUAAUCCUAUAUUGUUGAUCCUAGAUGAUGUCUGGCUCGGAUCAGAAUCCCUUCCUGAAAAGUUUAAGUUUGAUCUUCCCAAUUACAAGAUUUUGGUUACUUCAAGAACUGCAUUUCCAAGAUUGAAAUUUACAUAUCACUUAAAACCACUAGAUGAUGUUGAUGCAAUGACUCUUUUUCGUCGCUCCCUACAUGAUGAGAACUCUUACAUUCCAGCAGAAGAAGAUGCCGAAAAGAUAGUAAGAGGCUGUGCGGGAUUCCCACUAGUCAUUAAAGUGAUUGGCGGCUCACUGCGUAGGCAGCAUGAAGUAGUAUGGCACAGUAGACUAAUGAAAUGGUCUGAUGGUCAAUUUUAUUUUAGUUCUGAUACGGAGCUGCUUGCUCAUCUUCAAAAAAGCCUAGAAUUUUCCGAUGACAAGGUCAUCAUCAAAGAGUGUUUCAUGGACCUAGGUUCAUUUCCCGAAGACCAAAGGAUCCCUGCCGCUGCCCUUAUUGAUAUGUGGGCAGAAUUGUAUAAACUGGAUGAAGAUGGCAUCCAUGCCAUUGCCAAUUUACAAGAACUCAACAUUCGAAAUCUGGCUAGUCUUGUGAUGGCAAGGAAUGAUGCAAGUGAGGUCAAAAGCUAUUACAAUGAAGACUUUGUCACACAACAUGAUAUUCUUAGAGAGCUUGCUAUGCAUCAGAGCAGCCAGGAGUCUAUAGGACAAAGGUCAAAACUGAUUAUUAACAUAAGUGGAAACAAUCUACCAAAGUGGUGGACAGAACAAAAGCAGCAACUCAUUAAUGCUCGCCUAUUAUCUAUCUCAACAGAUGAAUUAUUCUCGUCCAGUUGGUGCAACAUUCAAGGAUCCAAAGUUGAGGUUUUAGUUUUGAAUUUUCAUACAAAGAAUUAUACAUUACCUGAGUUUGUGGAGAAAAUGGAUAAACUCAAGGUUUUGAUAAUCAAUAAUUAUGGUUUCUUUCAUUCCAAAAUAAGCAAUUUUCAAAUGCUUGGGUCUCUACCCAAUUUAAAAAGAAUCAGAUUAGAGAAAGUUUCAAUUUCUUCGCUUUGCGAGACCCUUGUAACAUUGAAGAGUUUGAAGAAAAUAUCCUUAUUUAUGUGCAAUAUUGGUAAGGCUUUUGAGAAUUGUACAAUUCAGGUUUCUGAUGCAUUUCCAAAUUUGACGGAGGUAAACAUUGACUAUUGCAAUGAUCUGGAGGAAUUGCCUGUUGGCCUAUGUGAUAUCGUCCACCUCAAAAAAAUCAACAUCACCAACUGUCAUAAGUUGUUUGCACUGCCAAAAGAAAUUGGAAAGCUGGUGAAUUUAGAAGUGCUAAGGCUUAGAUCAUGUACUGAUUUGUCAGAGCUACCCGAUUCAAUCAGAAGUCUCCAUAAGUUAAGCAUUCUAGAUAUAUCUGACUGCCUAAGCAUUAUGAAGUUGCCAAAACACAUUGGUGAGUUGUGUAAUUUAAUAGAGCUCAACAUGAAAGGGUGCUUGAGAUUGCGUACUCAGUUUCCGGAAUCAAUAAUGGAUCUUGAGCAAUUAAAACUUGUGGUAUGUGAUGAAGAGAGGGCCAGGUUAUGGGAGCCUAUCAAGGAAUUCCUCACUGAACUUAAGGUAGAGGUGGCUGAAAAAGAAAUCAACUUGAAUUGGCUGUCCAAAUGAUUUCUGAGAACUGUUCUCCUUCAAAAAUGUUGUGGGUUCAAUAUGUAAUGUCAAAUGGAAAUAUGCUAAACAACAGUCAAUGCCAACAGUAGCUACUAAGAAAUAAAUUGGGGGGGGGGGGGGGGGGGGA